CGUGUCUACACGGUGUUUCUGAUAAACAAAAUUACAGACUCUACGCUUUCUACACAACUGCACUAAGAUUAGGAUUUAGGAAAUCUGUGUAAUAGCGACUGUCAGAUUUCUUGGAAUGUAUAGGACGAUAGAAACACGAGAGGAAACAGGAGAGCAGCUACAAGCGCUGACAGCUGUCUCGUUUUUCAAUGAAACCUCUGGACAGUAUGAAGGGAAAGAGCAACCUGUGGAUAUUUGGAUAUGGCUCCUUAGUCUGGAAACCUGAUUUUGCAUUCAAGAUGAGCAAAAUUGGCUUCAUCAAAGGAUACAAGAGGCGCUUCUGGCAUGGAGAUACAUUUUAUCGAGGGGACGAGGAAAAGCCAGCUAGAGUGGCCACACUAGUAGAGGAUGAGGAGUCUUGCACAUGGGGAGUGGCCUACGAGGUGACGGACUCCCAGAUUGAAGAGUCCCUUCAGAAGCUGAACAUGAGGGAGGUGGUGUUGGGGGGGUACAUCACAGAGACGGUGGAGUUCAUCCCUAAGGAGAAGGGUCAGGGUGCUCUGUUGGCCCUCGUCUACAUUGCUACUUCUGACAACCCCAGCUUCCUCGGCCCGGCCUCAGUCAAGGAGAUUGCCGCCCAGAUUGCCACCUGCAGAGGGAACACGGGCCACAAUAUUGAAUACGUGGUCCGCCUGGCAGAGUUCAUGAGGCUCUACUGUCCGGAGGUAGAGGACGAGCAUCUCUUUUCUCUUGAGGCGACAGUUCUGAACAUUUUCCAUGACUGCGGAGGGAUCGAACCCCCCGACCAAAAGUCCAUUCUGCCGGGCGCUACAUAAACGACUACAUCUUACUUCAUCAAACAAUUGUUCAUCUUUGAAUUACUGGUUGAAAGGGAUUUUUUUAUUUUUAUGAUUUGCUGUCAAGGAAAAUGAAACAGUGGUGACAUUUUCUGUGGCUUAGCUUUCAGCUUUUAGGUUGUGACAAAGCCUCACAGAGUUAUGACCUUUACUUUCUGACUUCAUGUUUUUCAAUGGUUGAAGACAGCACAUUUGUACUGUGUACAUUCAUAUAUUCUAAUAAAAACACUGAAAUCUGCA